GACAUUUGACCCUGGAACCCAGACCACCUGCCGCUCCUCUUCCUGGGUCCUCAUGGUCUCCACAGAGCCGAUAAAGUAGAAGGUCUUCUCCUGUCUCAUUCAGUCCUUGGUGUCACUCUAGCAGGAGGUGGAGCUUGACAGGCAGCACAUCAGAAACAAUCUGUCAACAUAACAGCUUUCAGGCUCUUGAUUGUUGGUGCUCUACAGCAUCUGAUUGGUCUCCAGUAUCAACUAUGCAGCUCUUCAUGUUAGUGGUUUUAUUCUCUCGGUUUCCUGGUGAGUUCUGCUUUAGAAGCACUAUCCUUUUUAGGACAUGUACCUCAAAAAAUGCUUAGCAGUUCAUAUGAAUUAUGUCGUUUUGCUAUUUCCAGGGUCUUUAACACUGUGGUAAUUACUGACCUUUCAUUCGUAAUAUGUGCAGGUGACAGUUAUCAGCAAACAAUCCACUCAAUCCAGGACAGAGUCCAGGCUCUACAAGGAGACAACGUGACUCUCUCAUGCAACUACACCUCAGCAGACUACUUCUUCUGGUAUCUCCAGUACCCCAGCUCCCCUCCACAGUUCCUUAUCAAGGAAUACAUGGAGAAAUCUCGAUUUACUUUAAAAAAGUACGAUGAUAGGCUAUUGUUUGCUCUGGAGAUCUCCUCUGUUGCAGUGACGGACUCUGCUCUGUACUACUGUGCUGUGAGGCCCACAGUGACAGGAAACACAGACUCCCUGUACAAAAACCUUAGAACGAACUUGAAGCACAGUUUUCAUUGUUUUCAACUGUUUAGGGGAGGGGCAUCUGGAGAGAAAGAGAACAUUUUAGAAGGUACAAGUGUUUCCCUGUCCUACACACUCUCUAAAAUUGCCACAGGGAGCGAUUAUUUCUUCUGGUACCGUCAGUAUCCUGGAGAACCUCCACAGUUCCUGCUGUCCAUCUCAGGCAGGAGGUGGAGCUUGACAGGCAGCACAUCAGAAACAAUCCGUCCAAGUACAGCUUUUACACCCUUGAUUGCUGCUGCUUUACAACAUCUGCUUGGUCCACUAUUAGGUAUGCAGCUCUUCAUGUUGGUGGUUUUAUUCACUGGGUUUACUGGUGUUUAUAGUGUGGUCCUCCCUCCUGACAAGAAGGAACUGAACAGUUUAGAAGAUACGACUGCUUCUCUGUCCUACAGGCUCUCUCAAAAGGCUGAAAUUAAUGAUAAUUUCUUCUGGUACCGUCAGUAUCCCGGAGAACCUCCACAGUUCCUGCUGUACAUCUCAGGGUUUGGUAACAACAGGACAGCUGAGUCUCUUGGUUCAGACAAAAGGUUUUCUACUGAACUGACUAAAGAGAAGACUGGAGUGGAUCUGAAGAUCUCCUCUGUUGCAGUGACAGACUCUGCUCUGUACUACUGUGCU